CUGCGACGACCAAAGCGAUUGUCCUCGCCCACUUCUUUCAGCCGAUAACCGUGGUGGGAAUCUUGUGUUGAGCACUACUGUGCUAACUAAUCACUUUGAUCACAGCGUCCUCUGUUGUCCCGUAACUCUCGGCCAUUGACCGACAGUCCCAGUGUGUCUCUUUACCGAGGGUCAAUUGACGGUACUCUCUUUUGUUUGAACCACACCUCGACCUGUAUCAUAUUCCUUCCUCACAAUCUUCGAGCUCGAUCCCUUCUUUCAGUCCCUUGCGAGUAUCUCAUCUCACUCAGUUCAUCAUGGAGUCCCCUGAAGAAGCUGUUCUCUACCACAAGGAAGGCCGCAACGCCAUCAUUACCCUGAACCUGCCCAAGAAGCUCAACGCCUUGACCCAACCCUACUACUACCGCAUCUCGUGCCUCUUGCGAGAGAUUGCCAACGACCCAGACGUCUCAGUCACCAUUCUCACGGCCAAGGGUCGCUUCUUCUCCGCCGGUGCCAAUGUCACCACCACUCGACCGGGCGGCGACAGUGGACAAAACAAAGAUGCCGCACGCGGUGACAUUCUCAGGUCAUUUGUCGCCAACAACUUGGACAUUACCCGGUCCUUCUAUACCCACCCCAAGAUCCUAGUUGGUGCUCUCAAUGGCCCUGCUGUCGGCCUGUCUGCGGCGUUGUUGGGCUUCUGUGACUUCAUCUACGCCGCCCCGCACACAUUUAUUCUCACCCCCUUCUCCUCGCUGGGCCUGGUGGCCGAAGGAGGCGCCUCAUUUGGCCUCGUCCAACGCCUCGGCAUUGCUAAGGCUAAUGAGGCCUUGAUCAUGUCCCGCCGCAUUCCGGUUGAGGAGCUCGUCCAAGUCGGCUUCGUCAACAAGGUCAUCAGCGGCAAGGACCAGAAUGAUAGCGACGGCUUCCUUAAGAAGGUCCUCGCCGAGGUCGAUGAUAAGUUGGGAAACCAUCUGAACCAGGAAAGCUUGAUUGGGAUCAAGGAGCUGAUCAGGAAGCCAUACCUGGAGACCUUGGAGACUCAAGGAGUCCGAGAAGUCAUGGCUGGCAUGCAACGCUUCGUUUCGGGAGCCCCACAGGAGGAAUUCAGAAAGAUUGCCAGCGGCGAGAAGCGACACAAGCUGUAGGCUAGCUGAUCCAUUUCUCCAUGAUUGGUGUGUGUAUGUAUGUUAGAAUGUAUACACUGUCUAGCCAAUGUUAGCAUCAAA